GUUGCGCAACCCUGGAGGCGCGCGCUCUGCGGGCGUCGGGGACGAGCGGAAGCUGCGUUUGUUGUUCUUCCUUCUGUUUCCGACACGUUCAGGGUCUGAAGGAGUUCAAGAGGCGCGUCUGCAUGUCGCUGCCAAUUUCCCCCAUAAGCCGUCGACUACCGCCCCCGAAUGAAGAUUAACAGGUAUGCCAAAGGAAAAAUAUGAUCCUCCAGAUCCCCGCAGAUGUUACACCAUCAUGUCAGCUGAGGAUGCGGCUGGUGGGAAGAAGUCUCACUGGAACGAGCUCGAGAUAACUGGGCGAGUGAGGAGUCUGAGCAGCUCGUUAUGGACGCUUACGCACCUGACCGCGCUACACAUCAACGACAACAACCUGAGCCGCAUCCCGCCGGACAUCGCCAAGCUGCCCCACCUGGUCUACCUGAACCUGUCGUCCAAUAAGCUGCGCAGUCUGCCCGCCGAACUGGGCAACAUGGUCUCUCUCAGGGAAUUGCUUUUAAACAACAAUCUUUUACGAGUUCUGCCUUACGAACUUGGUCGGCUUUUCCAGCUUCAAACUCUGGGACUGAAAGGAAAUCCGUUAUCCCAAGACAUCCUCAAUCUCUACCAGGAGCCCGACGGAACCAGAAAGCUUUUGAACUUCAUGCUCGACAAUCUGGCAGUUCACCCGGAGCAGCUCCCCCAAAGACCGUGGAUCACUCUGAAGGAGCGAGACCAAAUGAUCCCUACAGCUGCAUUCACAGUCAUGUGCUACAACGUUCUGUGCGACAAGUACGCCACGCGGCAGCUGUACGGCUACUGUCCGUCCUGGGCCUUGAACUGGGAGUACCGGAAGAAGGGCAUCAUGGAGGAAAUCACCGGCUGUGACGCCGACAUCAUCAGCCUGCAGGAGGUGGAGACUGAGCAGUACUACACGCUGUUCCUGGAGACGCUAAAGGACCGCGGCUACGACGGCUACUUCUGUCCCAAAUCACGUGCCAAACUGGUUUCCGAGCAGGAGCGGAAACACGUGGACGGCUGCGCGGUGUUCUUCAAGACCGAAAAGUUCACUCUGGUCCAGAAACACACCGUGGAGUUCAAUCAGGUGGCCAUGGCCAACUCUGAGGGCUCAGAGGUGAUGCUGAACAGAGUGAUGACCAAAGACAACAUCGGCGUGGCCGUGCUGCUGGAGGUCAAUAAGGACUUGUUCUCCGCUGGCAUGAAGCCCCCUCAGGAGAGGCAGCUCCUCCUGGUGGCCAACGCCCACAUGCACUGGGACCCGGAGUACUCGGACGUGAAGUUGAUCCAAACCAUGAUGUUUCUGUCGGAGCUGAAGAGCAUCGCUGAGAGAGCCUCGGGCUCCGUCACGACGGGCUCGCCGACUUCUGACCCGUCGUCCAUCCCCAUCGUCCUCUGCGCUGACCUCAACUCACUGCCUGACUCCGGUGUGGUGGAGUACCUGAGCGACGGCGGCGUGGCCGAAAACCACAAGGACUUCAAGGAGCUGCGCUACAGCGAGUGUCUGACCAACUUCAACUGCAACGGCAAGAACGGCAACUCGGACGGGAGCAUCACCCACAGCUUCCAGCUGAAGAGCGCCUACGACAGCAACCUGAUGCCUUACACCAACUACACCUACGACUUCAAGGGCGUCAUCGACUACAUCUUCUUCUCCAGGACGCACAUGAGCGCUCUGGGCGUCCUGGGCCCGCUGGACAGCCAGUGGCUGGCGGACAACAACAUCACCGGCUGCCCCCACCCGCACAUCCCCUCGGACCACUUCUCCCUGCUGGCCCAGCUGGAACUGCACCCGCCCCCGCCCCACCCGCUCAACCCCCUCAACGGGCUGCACCUGCCCGUCCACAGGUAGUGCAGCCUGCCGGAGGCCCCGCCCACUCCUCUGACCUCUGACCUCACCCGCCCAGAUUUUAAACACUGCCCCAAGCUUUCUACAGGACCCUGUACAGUUCACCGGCCCCCCCCCCCCCGCGUGUCCGGAGUCGCCCAGAGGGAGUGAAGUAUUUGCCGUUUUGUUUCCUCCUUUUCAUACUUUUUCUUUUUGUUUUUGUUUUUUUUGCACGCUGUGUUUUGGUUUAUUUUCUCCCUUUAAUCGAAGCUUGAUACCAAAAAAAAAAAAUUGGGCUUGGGAUGAAGCUGUUCCAGUGACUUCCAGCGUUUUGCCUUAGAUUCGAUCAUGAAAGCUCGGCAGAUUUACGACUUUUAAGAUAGAUUUACCACAGAACCGACAUUUGAUCCAGUUUUUUUUUUUUUUUUUACUUUUUCACACACUUUAGUAGUUUAACAGUAAAAACCCAAAAUUGUUCGCUUGUUUUUUGUUGUUGUUUUUUUUUUUUUUGGGCUAUAUAUUCAGUUUAUAAAACAGAUUUGUUUCUAUGAGUUGCACAAGUUUAUCCGGUGUGUUGUAACUUUUUUUUUUUUUUUUGGUGCAUAUCUAAAAAUUCAUGAGCCAAGAAAUGCCAAAAUAUGUAAUUUAAUAAAAUUUGAGGUAUGGUCAAGGGUUUUUAAGAUAGAAAAUGUUCAAACGUUGUUUUUAUAAGUAGCACCCGACAUGUGGGAGGCGGAAUGUAAAACCUCGGCACAUCUCGUCUCGCUAAUGCAUCGUUUUCAGGCGGGGGGGGGGGGGGGGGGGGGGGGGUUCUCAUCUGCAUAAUCUGUGUGUUUCUGGGAUUUUACCGUCACUUUUGGGAUUAUAAUCUCUGGUUUGUUUUUGUCACGUCAGCCGGUAAAUCUCCCCUCGAAUGAUGCCUCUUAGUGCUGCAUUAAUGUAAACUAGCUGCCCCCCCCCCUCCCAGAUAGAAGUAUUUAUUUUGAUAAUCUGGGGUUUUCCCCUCAUUUUACCAGUGAUGCAAACUUCACUCUCUCAGCUGAACACCGGUUCGUCCCGUACUCUUUGUUUUUUGCGUGAGACUUAAAAUAUAUUUGAUAUUUACUGAUAAUUCUCUGAUUAAUCUCCUUUUUUUUUUUUAUUUAGUUCGUUUUUUUGGAGUGGGGGGUGGUUCAACUCAUCCUCUGAUUGGCCAAAGGUUCGUCCAACGAGUGAUAAUCUGUCUUUACUGGGGGUGACGGCGGUUUACCGGUGCCGGUUAGCGACUCCUGAGCAGAAUGUAGAACAAAGAUCCGAACUAAAAGCCCUUUAUGGAAGUUAUAACUCAGGGCUUUGAGGUACCUCUCACACUAACGACUUUUGUUUUCCGACUAAAACUACACGGAUAAAAUGUGGUUCUGACAUUUCUGGACAAGCACAGGUGAUGUUUGUUCUUGCACACGUACACGAUGUUGUAUAAUUCUUCCUACGUCUUUGUCCAUUUUUAAUAAAUCAAAAAAGAAACUGCGGUGCAACUUUCCUUCUUUGCCAAAAAAA